AUGGCAGACUACUCGCAGUACCAGGGGCCGAAUCCCGAGUGGGACGAGUUUGUUCGAGAGAAUGGCGUCGCGCCGACGGGAUUGGCUCCUGGCCAGACACCGGCGGACUUGAGACGGUCGACGAAUGCUCUGAGGGAGACGGCGGCCAAGAUUGAACUCGAAGCGUCAGGCCUCCUGGAAAAAGUGUCCUGGCGAGACGCCGACAUUCCCACGCGCGACAACUCGACCGUCCCAGCACGCAUCUACACCCCCAAAGGCGUCGACCCAUCUACCACCGGACCUCUACCCGUCUACCUCUUCUUCCAUGGCGGCGGCUACCUCUUUGGCAGCCUCGACACCGAAGACGCCAACUGCGCGCGCGUCGUGGCCAUGUCUUCGAUUCCUGUAAUGGUCGUCCACGUCAACUACCGCCACACGCCGGACUUUCGGUACCCGACGCAGCACAACGACGCGUGGGACGCCUUCGUCUGGCUCGGCGAGAACAUUGCCUCGUACGGCGGUGACCGCGAGAGGGUAAUCGUGGGGGGCAUCUCCGCGGGAGGCGGACUGACCGCGUCGGUCGUGCUCCAAGCACAAGGACGCCAGAACGACGCCAGCGACAGCUCUGCAAAAAUCAUCGGCCAACUCCUCCUCAUCCCCUGGAUCAUGCACCCCAAAGCCUACCCGUUCGACCUGCUCGUGUCGACGGAACGGUCCAGCUUCCAUCAAAACGCCAACGCGCCCGUGCUCCCACACUCGCAGAUCGACAUGUUUCUCGGCGUGUUCGAUAGUGAAGACACAGACCCGGCGGAUAUCUACCUCAGCACGGUGCUGGCGCCGGACGACAAGGUAAAGGGGAUGCCCAAGACGGUGGUCGUGGCGGCGGGUAUGGACCCGUUGAGGGAUGAGGCGCUCCUGUUUGCGGACAAGUUGAAGAAGAACGGCGUCCCCACUCGCGUCCACGUCUUCCCCGGCCUCCCACACGGUUUCCGGCGCUUCGCCACGCUCAAGGCCAGCGCGCGGUGGGACGCCGUCAUUGUCGAGGGGAUCCAGUGGUGUUUAUCCGAGAAUCGGGAGAGUUCCACCCAAGUUGAACUCUAG